AUGAAUCAAGGAUCUCCUCCUCCUCAGCUUCCUCCCGGAUGGAUUGCUCUCUGGGAUGAAACAACACAGCGCUAUUAUUACGUCGAACAAGCAACUGGCACAACACAAUGGGAGCUUCCAAACGGUGCAUCAAAAGCAGCUGAAGCAGGUAUGGAAGGCGCAGGAGAAGCAUCUAGCUACGGCGGUGGAUAUCCUCAGCAAUUACCAUCACCUUACCCUCAGCAACCUGGUGCUUCUCCCAAUGCUGCAGUUGCAACCGCUUAUCCUACGCAGAACGGCACUCCAACAGGUGAAUUAAACCCUGAUGGCACCGACAGAGGUAUUGGCAAAGUAUUUACAGGUCUGUAG